GACGUUUUGUCCUGCUGUAGAAAUCCGGGGGAAGAUACUGGUUUUAUUGUUUAUCUUGUUUUAUUAUUAUCUCGUUAUUAAGAAAAGGACGAUGCUCUCGGAGGACACGGCGAGCAGCAGCAGCAGCGUUUCUUUCCACAGUCGGCUUGCGUCAGUCAUGGCCCUGGUGGCUCAGACCGCUGUGGCUGAAAUCAGUAAACUGUAUGAUGACGGGCUGCUGGUGCUUCGCCUGGAGGUCUGCAGAAAAGACUCCGAGAUCGAGGCGCUGAAGACAAAACUGCAGACGGCUGAAAACGAGCUGAGGCUUGUGAAGGAGUGUCAGAGCUCAGAGAGCCUCAGUGUGACCCCUAACCUGCUCCCUGCUCCAUGUACACACAGCACAGCAGAUUUUGGAGAAUGCAUAGAAGCGACAAAUCAGCUUCUUUCUUGGAAACCUCAUCCUUCUUCUGAUGCAUGUAAUGGAAAGGAAAACCAUCAUGCAGGUGAAAUGAAUUACAGAUCCUCAGAAGAAAUAGAUUCUCAGGACAUUCUCACAAAGGAAACGGAGCUCACACCGACAGAGCCACAUCCUUCCACAGGGAAUCUGAAGCAGCCCGCAUUCUGCGAGGAAGAGAGUGAACCAGACUUUCAGGAAAAGGCAGAAAAUGAGAUAGAGACGGUCAGUUUAGAGGAGAGCAACAUUGAGUGUGUUGUGAUCGAGGACAGAGAAACGCAGCCGUGGUCCUCCGUGGAGAACGGCAUGGAACGUGCAGAGGACCCGGACUGCUCUAUCGUUUCCGAGCAAGAAGGACAUCCGCUGAUCUCCUCCGUGUGGAGCGUCGGUUCUAGCACAUCCAGUCCUGUGGGUGAUAUAACUAUUACAAACAGACUCGACAUAGAAGAAAGAAGACCGCAGAGGAUGCCGCAGCAGCCCAGGAGCGAAGUAGAACCAACAGACCUUAACCUGCCUAAACAGGUACAACACGGAGCAAACACAGCCAUCCAGCCCAGGUUUCUGCUUCCUUCAAGAACUAAUGAACGCGUCAUGCUCUUAAACAACACCACGAUCCAGAAUGGGAACCGAGCAACUGUCACAGGAAAUGAAAUUGCUAUAGCCAGGUUAGCUCUGAGGAAUAAGCCAGUGAGAGAGAAAUGGUUCAUAUGUUCGUUCUGCGGGAAGAGUUUUGACCGCAUCAGCCACCUUCAGAUGCACCACAGAAUUCACACCGGAGAGAAACCGUUCCACUGCAGCAUGUGCGGGAGAAGUUUCUCUCAACAAAGCAACUUACGCACACACCAGAAAACACACAAGGAUCUCAGGACACCGAGCAAAAGCUUUUGAAAAUAAGACAAUUAGAACAUUUCUGUGUCAUUUUUAUUUUCUAGUACAUAAACCAACACCUGGCCAUCUUUCUUUUGCUCAUUUUAUUUUUUACAAUAAACAAAAAAGUUGUCAACA